GAACAGCCCAAAGCCAUGCUAGCAAUAAGUAGAAGAGCCCAGGGAUCAGGCUCCAGAGUCACCGAUGAUAACAGCUAUGUGAUAUUGCCACACAGAUGUUUGGAAUUUGGAUUGCUGCACUCUUAUUCUUUGGCACAUCAAGAGAAACUAUAAAAUCGCCUAAAAUUUCAAAGCUAAAAUAUGGUGGAUUGGAGACUCAGAGACUUAUUUAGUAUUUUUGGAAAAGAAGUUUGCUAUGAAAGGGUGGGAUGUUUUAAAGAUGAUUUACCAUGGACGUGGAUUUUGUCAAGACAUCUGACAAGUUUACCCUGGUCUCCAGAGGAGAUAAACACUCGCUUUCUGCUCUAUACUAUACAUAAUCGCAAUGUCCACCAGGAGAUCAGUGCAGUUAAUUAUUCAACUAUCCAAGACUCCUAUUUCGGAACAAACAAGAUGACUUGUAUCAACGUACCUGGAUGGAAAACAGAUGGCAAAUGGCAGAGAGACAUGUGCAAUGUGUUGCUACAAGUGGAAGAUGUGAACUGCAUUAAUUUAGAUUGGAUUAAAGGUUCACUGGAAUACAUCCACGCUGUAAACAAUCUCCGCGUUGUCGGCGCUGAGGUGGCUUAUUUUAUCAAUAUUCUGGUGACAAAAUUUGGAUAUUCCCCUUCUAAAGUGCAUUUGAUUGGCCAUAGCUUGGGAGCGCACCUGACAGGGGAAGCUGGAUCAAGGAUACUAGGCCUCGGAAGAAUAACUGGGUUGGACCCAGCUGGGCCGUAUUUCCACGACACCCCAAAUGAAGUCAGGCUGGACCCCUCCGAUGCCAAAUUUGUCGAUAUUAUUCACACGAAUGCAGCUCGCUUCCUCUUUGAGUUAGGUGUGGAGACUAUUAAUGCCUGUGGUCACCUUGACUUUUACCCAAAUGGAGGAAAGUACAUGCCCGGAUGAGAUGACUUAAUUACACCUUUAUUUACAUUUGAUUUCAAUACUUAUAAGAAAGAAGUAGCUUCCUUCUUUGAAUGUAACCAUGCCCGGAGUCAUCGCUUUUAUGCUGAAAGCAUUCUCAAUCCAGAUGCAUUUAUUGCUUAUCCAUGUCGAUCCUACGAAUGUUUUAAAGCAGGGAAUUGCUUCCAUUGUCCCAAAGAAGGUUGCCCAACAAUGGGCCACUUUGCUGAUAGAUUUCACCUCAAAAACAUGAAGCAUGAUAGACCUUAUUAUUUUUUAAACACAGGGACUCUUUCCCCAUUUGCCCGUUGGAGGCACAAAUUGUCUGUCAGAGUCAGUGGAAAAAAUGUCACUCAGGGAAGCAUAUUUCUCCAUGUAGGUGGAACGAUUGGGAAAAUGGGGGAGUUGGAGAUAACCAGUAGAAAACUUAAACCAGGCAUGACUUACACAAAAUUAAUUGAUACGGAUGUGAAUGUUGGAAAUAUUACGAGUAUUGAGUUCAUUUGGAAGGAACAUUCAUUUGGACAUUCUCAGAAUAAGUUGGGAGCAAAAAUGGUGAUAGAUAUAUCUGGAAAAUAUGGAUAAAAAUCUACCUUCUGCAGCUGGGACACUGUGGACCCUAAUAUCGCCCAGAUUCUAACACCAUGCUAA